AUGCUCCUGAGUCUUAAAAUUCACCACAAGUCCAUACAGGAGAAAAACCUUACAUGUAAUGAAUGUAGGAAAUCUUUUUACAGUCUUCCAGGUCUUAAAAUUCACCACAGAAUCCAUACUGGAGACAAACCUUACAAAUGUAAUGAAUGUGGGAAAUCUUUUACAGACUCUUCAAGUCUUAAAAUUCACCACAGAAUCCAUACAGGACAAAAACCUUACAAAUGUAAUGAAUGUGGGAAAUCUUUUACACAGUCUUCAGGUCUUAAAAUUCACCACAGAAUCCAUGCUGGAGAAAACCUUACAAAUGUAAUGAAUGGGAAAUCUUUUACAAUGUCUGGUCUUAAGUUCUUGAAGGGUCCAUUGAAAUUUACAAAUGUAAUGGAUGGAAAAUCUUUUACAAACUCCUUAGAAAAAAUACAUACUGGACAAAAACCUUACAAAUGUAAUAAUGGAAAUUUACAGACUCUUUCAAGUCUUAAAAUUCACCACAGAAUCCAUGCUGGAGAAAAACCUUACAAAUGUAAUGAAUGUGGCAAAUCUUUUACAAUGUCUUCAGGUCUUAAAGUUCACCGAAGAAUCCAUACUGGAAACAAACCUUACAAAUGUAAUGGAUGUGGAAAAUCUUUUACAAACUCCUUAAGUCUUCAAAAUCACCACAGAAUCCAUACAGGAGAAAAACCUUACAAAUGUAAUGAAUGUGGGAAAUCUUUUACAUGGUCUUCAGGUCUUAAAAUUCACCACAGAAUACAUACUGGAGACAAACCUUACAAAUGUAAUGAAUGUGGGAAAUCUUUUACAGACUCUUCAGGUCUUAAAAUUCACCACAGAAUCCAUACAGGAGAAAAACCUUACAAAUAUGACCAGAUGGCAAAUCUUUUAUCAAGCACUCAAACUCAAGACUCACCACAGACUAUGCAGAACAAACCAUACAAAUAUAGAUACUUGGAAAUCUUUUACACUCUUCAAAUCUUAAAACUCUUACAAGUACAUACUGGAGACAAACCUUGCCAAUGCCUUAGUGAAUGUAGAAAUCUUUUACACAGUCUUCAGCUCUUAAAGUUCACCAUAGAAUUCAUACUGGAAACAAAUCUUACAAAUGUAAUGGAUGUGGAAAAUCUUUUACAAACUCCUUAA